ACGACUCUUCUUCUUCUCCAUUGGCGACGAAACCAAGGGAGUUCGUCGAUCAAGCUGCCUCAGACGUCGCCGAGAAAGAGGACUCCGCCGGAGCUUCCGCCGGAAUCUAGGUGGGGAUUAUUUGUGAUUUCUUCAUCAAUUCCAUUGAGGUGAGUAAUUUAUCUCUCGUUAAGAUUGAUUCAUAGAUUAGGAUUCGUUAAUAUGUUUUCAUUCAAUUGACGUUGAAUUCAUGAAUGUGAUUAUUGGAUGCCGUCUCUGUUCUUUCUCUUCUUCCACCCUGUUUUUGUUUGGCCGCCGAUGGGGAGUUCAUCCGGGUCUCCGCCGGUUUUCACCGCUGGAGUACGCUGCUACUGAUUUCCGGCCGAGGAGAGAGGGUGAAAAUACUGGUCAGCCAGUUCCUACUCGCCGAACGGAAUAUGGGACACGCGAGGGGGAUGCGAUUUGCAAAUCUAAGUGCCCCAAAUCAGAACACAGAAUUUUACUUCUAAAAAUGUGCAAAUUGCCCCAAGAUCUCUAAAUAGUUUACAAUUUAGUCCUACUUCGUACUUUGACCGUAAUUCAGUCCAUUAUUUAUAAAAUAAUGAACUGGUAAUAAAUUGUACCUUGAAUAGAAUUGUGAAAUAUAUCAUCUAGUGUAUCCAGUCAAAUCUUAGUUGAGUUGUGUAGUAGAAAUAAGUAAUCUGAUCGACAUUAGAAACAAGGUCACACGGGUGACGUCGUUCAUCCGGUGGUCUCAAGGGUUAAAAACGUGCGCACGGUGGUCAUUGACCCCUGGCGAGAGCCAGCGGGGGCCUCAACCCCCUCCAUUGCAAGAGCUUUGGAGUUAUGAGUGUGGGUUUGGGCGAGAGCUUGGAUUCCAUUACUCCCGUAAGUAUGAAAUGGAUUAUAUCUAGCAGGCAGAUGGAGUAAGUAUGCGUUAGAACUAAACUAAAUUAUAUGGAUUAAUAGUGGUACAGUUGGAUAAUGAUAUUUGCCGAUUCUUCUGAUAUUGUUUGAUUAUAUAUUAAUGAGUGCUAGUCUAUGAGUUAGUUUUAGCGUUAGAUACUUCCACUCUCCCUAUUUUCACAGGUAGGGAUCAAAAACUGGAUGAGCUGCAGCCUAGAGGACAGUGAAGCGUGACGCUGGUGGAUGACCCGAAGCUGUUUGAAAUUGAAUUAAAUACUUGUUGACUUUUAUUUUGUUAGACUACAAGAAUGUUUGACGAUGUUGUUUUAAAGGCUUCCGCAACGUUAGAAUUAUUUACU